UUUUGGCUUUAUCAGGGUUCAACUCCGAUUUCUGCGAUUGCAGAAUUAGUUGGAGCCCAAGCAGGUGUCACCAUGAGUGAGGAGAACAUAUCCAAUGUCACUGAAGCCAUCUGCGAACCAAAGAUUUGUCAGGUUGGUGGAGGUGGGCUAUUGUUGCCUCUCUUUGCACCAGAUGAACAAGAAUGGGACAUAGGACUUCGUGCUGUACUCUAUUUCACUGGCCUGCUAUGGUCUUUUAUGGGUGUAGGGAUUGUGUCCGACAUCUUCAUGGGAGCGAUUGAAAAGGUUACUUCGAAGAAGAAACGCGUUUUCAGCUCCAACUUGCAGACCUUCAUUACCGUAAAGGUGUGGAAUUCAACAGUAGCAAACUUGACACUGAUGGCCUUGGGAUCCAGUGCGCCAGAGAUCCUCUUGAGUGUCAUAGAGCUGCUGAAGAAUGGCAUGUAUUCGGGAGAUUUGGGGCCGUCAACGAUUGUCGGAAGCGCUGCUUUCAAUCUCCUUUGUAUCACAGCAGUCUGUGUUUCCGCCAUCCCAGAGGGAGAGGUCCGUAGAAUCAAAGACAUUGGGGUCUUCGCCGUCACCGCAAGUUUCUCCGUCUUCGCCUACUUGUGGCUGCUAGUCAUUUGUAUGUUGUGGACGCCCGAUAUCAUCACUAUUGAAGAGGGACUCAUCACUUUCUUUCUCUUUCCGGUUCUAGUCUUGAUUGCCUACAUGGCUGAUAAGGGGUACUUUGCCAAGAACAAGAAGAAAGGAGAAGAAGAAAAGGUUUUGCUCGAUGCCGCCACGGAGCAGGAAAUUGCAACAAUGAGAAUGCGCAUCCUGAAAAAGCACGGCACUGGCAUUCCUGACGACAAAGUUGUGGCUUUGAUCAGAGAAGAGUUUGGUGCCGUAGAAGAGCCUUCCAGGGCAGCUAGGCGCAUGGCUGCUACUGAGAAGCUCUUUGGUGGUGGAAGGAGAAAAUCAGCAGAUAAAGUUGUGCCUAUCCAAAUCACACCUGAUCAGGGGCCAGCAAAGCAGAACGUGACGUUUGAAUUUGAGCACACGGAAUACUCCUGCUUAGAGAGCUGCGACACACUGGAGCUAGUGAUCACACGUGAGUCUGACACCACAGCUACCCUUGGCCCAGGAACUGUCAAGUACAAGACCAAGGAGAUCACUGCCAAAAAUGGAAAGGAUUUCAUCGCAGACGAGGGUAUUUUAGAAUUUGCAGAGGACGAGGACCAGAAAAUCUUGUGCAUCAAGAUUCUGGAUGACGACGAGCAUGAGCCUGACACGUAUUUUGACGUGGAGCUCUCCGAACCAAAGACGACCUCAAGCAACGCAGUGGCUGUCCUCGGCAAGUCCAAGACAGCUCACGUGAGGAUCGUUGAUGAUGAUGCUGUCGGUGUGCUGGCGUUUAGGUUUCCAGAAAUGAAGGUCCCAGAAGACUUUUCUGGGGAGAAGGAAAUUUCUAUCAUGGUUCUGCGACAAGCAGGUGCAAAAGGGCUCAUCACAUGCCAGUACAGAACCGAAGAUGGAACGGGAAUCUCUGGAAUCGAUUACGAAGAAGCAACUGGGACGCUGGAAUUUCCAGACCAAGAGACUGAAGCAGAAGUCAAGAUCACCAUCAAGCCAAAAGGUCGCUUUGAUAGCACUUCCAUCUUCAGGUUGUACAUUGAAGAACCGACUGGGGGUGCUACCUUUGCGGCUCAUACAGAUGGUGGUGAGGAGUGCUGCAUCUGCACCAUUAUAGUUGGUACAGAUCAAGACACCAAGAGACGAGCGGACAAGUUGAUGCAGGCCUUCAAGGUCAACUGGGACGUGCAGAUUAUGGCCAGGGACAACUGGAAGGAUCAAUUCAUAGAUGCUGUUUUCCUUGACACCGGAGAAGCAACAGGUUGCGCAGUGGCCGUAGCCUGGUUCUUCCACCUCGUCACGAUGCCCUGGAAGGUUAUUUUUGCUCUGAUCCCACCUGUCGACUACUGCGGCGGUUGGGUUUGCUUUGUUUGUUCGCUCUCCAUGAUUGGUGGAGUUACAGCUCUCAUAGGUGAUUUGGCUGAGCUCUGUGGUUGCGUCGUGUCAAUGCCAGAUGCUAUCACUGCAAUAUCGUUAGUGGCCCUGGGUACUAGCUUGCCUGAUACGUUUGCUUCCAAGACAGCAGCGGAGCAGGAUCCCACUGCCGAUGCCUCCAUUGGGAACGUGACAGGUAGCAACUCCGUCAACGUCUUCCUUGGUCUUGGCUUGCCCUGGUCGAUUGGUGCAAUCUAUUGGGCUGCAUUGGGCAACUUGCCCUCUGACCAUGGCUGGUUCACAAAAUACGCUGGCCAAAGUGUGAUUACCGAUCAUCCAACAGGCGGAGUGUUUGUCGUUCUGGGAGGCAACUUGGGCUUUAGUGUGGCAGUAUUCUGCUGCUGCGCGUCCGCCUGCAUCCUGGUGAUUUUGUUGAGAAGAUGGUUUGUGGGUGGUGAACUUGGGGGCCCCAAAGGGACAAUGUACGCCACGUCCUGUUUUCUCGUCAGCCUGUGGCUCCUGUACGUGGGCCUCUCCUCGUGGAACGUCCUUGCAGCUGGUUCGGAUUGUUGAGGACUGCUUGUGCUUUGAAUGUCGGACAAUCAGUGACGAAGUCUUCAUGUUUCACCAUCAUCGAAUAAACGGAGCAUGUAUCACACGGCAGCACAGUCGGAGAGUGUCGCUGCCCACGAGACUGUGUUGACGCACGUUGUGUCGCCGGCGUGCCGGUUGUAACAUCUGGGUGAAGUUUGCCGGCUUGGAAAAGAGAUGGCAACGGAUUGUCCAUUUCAAUGCUCU